AUGUCAACAUCCAUUUGUCACAUGUUAAUAUCACUUCUUCUUUUUGUUUUUCUGCAACACACACUUGCAAUUAAACAGUCCUAUAUUGUAUAUUUAGGAUCACAUUCUUUUGGUCCAAAUCCUUCAUUAUUGGAUUCUGAGUAUGUCACAAACUCUCACUAUGACUUACUUGGAUCUUUCCUUGGAAGUACUGAGAAGGCCAAAGAAGCAAUAUUCUACUCUUACAAUAAAUAUAUAAAUGGCUUUGCUGCAAUACUUGAAGAAGAUGAAGCAAAAGAGAUUGCAAAACAUCCAAAUGUUGUAUCAAUGUUUUUAAAUAAAAGAUAUGAACUACAUACCACCCGAUCGUGGAAUUUCCUUGGGCUAGAGACGGACCGCGGGUCUGCUAACGAUUCAGUAUGGAAAAAAUCAUUGGGUGAAGACAUCAUUAUUGGAAAUUUGGACACCGGUGUUUGGCCGGAAUCAAAGAGUUUUAGUGAUGAAGGAUAUGGGCCAAUUCCAAAGAAGUGGAAAGGAAUUUGUCAAGUUACCAAAGGAAAUCCAGAUAAAUUUUAUUGCAACAGGAAACUCAUUGGAGCAAGAUAUUUUUCUAAAGGCAAUCAGGCAAAUUCCGGAGAGGCGAAUGUAACCUUUAAUAGCGCACGUGACACCGUAGGCCAUGGAACACAUACUUUAUCAACUGCUGGAGGUAAUUUUGUUGCUGGAGCAAAUGUAUUUGGCUUUGGAAAUGGAACAGCAAGUGGUGGAUCACCAAAAGCGCGAGUUGCAGCCUAUAAGGUCUGUUGGGAUGGAUGUUUUGAUGCUGAUAUUUUGGCUGGUUUUGAAGCUGCCAUAAGUGAUGGUGUUGAUGUACUUUCGGUGUCCUUGGGAGGAAAUUUUCCACGAGAUUAUUCGGAAAGUGCUAUUUCCAUAGGUUCCUUCCAUGCAAUUGCCAACAACAUCGUUGUUGUGGCGUCUGGAGGAAAUUCAGGACCUAAAAUAUCAUCUAUAGUCAAUGUCGAACCAUGGACUUUCACAGUUGCUGCUAGCACAAUUGAUAGAGACUUCACAAGUUAUGUUAUUCUUGGUAACAAAAAAACAUACAAGGGAGCUAGUCUUUCAGAGUUGGACUUACCACCUAACAAAUCAUAUCCAUUGAUAAGUGCUGUAGAUGCCAAACUUGAUAAUACGCCUCCCGAACUUGCCUCUAUCUGCAAAGAAGGAAGUCUUGAUCCACAAAAGGUUAAAGGAAAAAUAUUGGUAUGUCUUCGAGGGGAUAGUGCUAGAGUUGACAAGGGCGUGCAAGCUUCUCGUGUAGGUGCUAUUGGAAUGAUAUUGGCUAACGACAAGGAUUCAGGAAAUGGAGUUAUAGCAGAUCCUCAUGUGCUUCCCGCUACAAAUGUUGGCUUUGCAGAUGGCAGUGCCAUUUUUAAUUACAUCAAUCGCACAAAGUCUCCUGUGGCUUACAUUACUAAAGUUAAAACAGAAUUGGGCGUAAAGAACACUCCAACUAUAGCUUCAUUUUCGUCAAGAGGCCCAAAUGACCUUGAUGGUAAAAUCCUUAAGCCUGACAUUACUGCACCCGGCGUUAGCAUAAUUGCAGCGUAUACUCUAGCAAACUCUCCAUCGGAACAACCAUCUGAUAAGCGUAGAAUUCCUUUUGUUACCAUGUCAGGCACUUCAAUGUCAUGUCCGCAUGUUGCUGGACUUGUCGGACUAGUUAAAUCUGUUCAUCCUGAUUGGAGUCCAGCUGCUAUCAAGUCAGCAAUCAUGACCACAGCAACAACAAAAACCAACAAUGGAGUGGAAAUAUUGGAUUCAUCACUAGAAAAGGCAACUCCUUUUGCAUAUGGUGCCGGGCACGUUCAACCUAAUCUUGCAGUGGAUCCUGGACUUGUAUAUGACCUUAAUGUUACUGACUAUUUGAACUACUUAUGUGGUCAGUCAUACACCAGUGACCAACUUAAAGUGUUUUACGGAAAAUCUUACACUUGUCCAAAAUCUUUCAGUUUAGCAGAUUUCAAUUAUCCAUCCAUCUCAAUUUAUGAACUUGACGUUUGGAAAUCAUUGAAUGUUACUCGCACUGUUACCAAUGUUGGGCCCCCGAGUGAGUAUAGAGUGGAGAUCCAGGAACCUCCACAAUUUCAAGUCACAGUUCAGCCUGAGAUUUUAAGAUUUAAAGAUAAGGGAGAGAAAAAAGAGUUCAAGGUUACAAUCACUAUGAAGCCAAAUAGUACACAUAUUACUGAUUUUGAAUUUGGGAAGUUGAUUUGGACCGAUGGAAAGCAUCGUGUUGGGACUCCUAUUUCAAUAAAGUACACUGAUUUGUGA